UAUUGUCAUACUCGUACAUUAGGUCAUUGGAAACGUCUGAAAAAUUUAUGUUUUUUUCUAAUCCUACAUACGUUUGAAAAUUUGCGUAAAACACGUUGAAAUAUUUUGUAACAUCAAUAUAGGUCUAGCUAAUGAAAGCGUGUUAAAAACUAAGCGCUCUUUAAAAACAUACAUAAAUGAAUUACAUAUCUUUGGAUGACGAACAAAACGCAAACUGACGAUUGAGAUAGAUUAUACCACUGAAGUAGGAAACCUACAAGGGAUAAAUAAACGACAACGAUUAAAAAAAGUUGUUUUGAAUCAUACUAUGGGAUACAAGCAGUUUUAACUAAACUUAGGAGGUUAGCUGAUACUUAAAUAUAGAACUGGAAAAAUCAUGGAAAAUGGUGAAAAUGAAACGAGGACACCGGAAGACGUAAGGAAAAUCAUUAAGACUGCAAAGCUACACGAAUCUGAGCUGACAGAAGUAUCUCAAAUCUUGAGAUUUCCCCCGCAGAACAAGGAAAAUGAUAAUUUACGAUUAAUGUUACUAGACGACGUCCUCUUGAAAGAAAUCGAAGCUGGAAACCAGUUAAUUUUUAAAGGAGAUUCUGAAGAAAGCGUUGUACUAUGUACAGAAAAUAAGACUUAUGAUGUCAAAGAAGCCGAAACGUCAAACAGCUUGCUAUUACUACCCGACUUAUUGUUCUCGGCAUCUACUGGCUUAGAUGAAACGAUUCAGAACAAUUCUAUGGAAGAUUCGGAUACUUCGUUAGAUAAAUCUAAUAGCAGUUUAAAUAAAUCUACAGACUCGGACGAAGGUCGAACGCCAAGGAGAAUAGAACAUAAAGACAUAGUUAACACAUUCUUUACUUACUAUGAACUGAAGCCAUGUAAGCCUCGACUCUCUAAAUUGAGAAAAUUACUCGAAAGCACCAAAUAUCAGGGUCCUGAGUUGGAGUAUACCGUAAACAAAACGGAGCUUUUAAACCAUGAAAGUUUGCUUGACCAAGUUCAGGCGUCGCGGGCUGAAUUGGAUGAAGAGUUAGAAAGGAUACAAGCUAUUAAUAUAGAGGGUUAUUAUAGGUUACUCGAGUUUGAUUACGAAUUUCGGGUCCUAUCGUACAUGCUUGACUUAAUAGAAGAAAAUUCGUGGCCAUUGAACAAGAUAUCGAAAGAAGUAACGCUGGAAAGCCUCAAAGAUUUAGUUCCGGAACCAAUAUUGGAGGGAAUGUUUAGAUUUUACACGAAAAAAUCUGUUCUGGAAGACACACAGUAUUAUGAGUAUAAAGAAGAUAAAGUUUGCAGGUUCUUAGCGAGAGUUUUGUUGAAGAGCGCAGGGAAAUUCAAUUUGGCAGAGUUCUUGCAGGCUUGGAGUGACUCUGUACCUGAAGGCAUGACAACAGACGAAUCUCUCUUAGCCGGGUAUGCGAUAAUAGAUAGAAAUAGUAGUCCGAAUUUGAUAUGGGGAUUCACGGAGACAGAUUUGCCUGAUGAGAUCAACGAACGCUUCAAGGUGUUGUUCCAAACGAAGGCCAAGUGGACUGUUGAUGAGAUAUCACCGUAUGUACAAUGUUAUGCAACAGAAAAGUUAAAUGUCAACGCGCUGUUGACGAAAUACGCGCGAGCCUCGACGCAAGAUGGCGUCCGCGUGUUCUCCGCUAAGCACAUGAAAUAAAUUGAAUUUGGAUUUUUUAGAAA